AUGGAUAACAAGAGAGAAUUUUGUAUUACGUGUCGCUCUAGCAAGAAAUCAGUUUUUCUAAGUCAAGAUGAGGUGAAUUAUGAGAACCUGGAGAGGCAUAUCAGGAGGAUGUUUGGUUUGGAUAAUGCUUUUACCUUUAUUGAGGGUGUAUCCUUACGCUACCCUAUUACUCAUACUUUAAAACGCUUAGAUAAAUCCGAGAAGUCAGUUGAUAUAAUUAAGAAAAUUAUGUCAAAUUCGUCAGUUGUAGAGCUGGUAGUUCAUUCUAACAGUGGUCGGAAUUGUCUAGUGAAUGAUACGAACGACGUGGUUCAAAUUCCAUGCGACAAGUACGAUAAAUUAAUUGAAUCUAUUGGGGCCCUUAAUCUUUCGGUUAAAGUCCUUAAGGACGAAAAGCGUGACAAUGACGAUUAUGAUGUUGUUCACAAGGGGGUUAUAUGCGACGGCUGCGCUAAUGUUAGCUACAACCAUCCCUUUCCACAUGAUAGUUUUAUUAAGGGGCCGCGGUAUAAAUGUAUGACUUGCAGUGAUUUUGACCUUUGUUCCAGCUGUGAAAGGAAAGGCGUCACUACAUUUUACCAUAGUCAGAAGCAUUCAAUGGUGAAAAUAAAAGUCCCCACCAAUGAGUGGGACAGAAUUUGGGUUUCAGAUCUGAAGACUUUUGUGUGUAAUGCUUGUAAUGUGCGUAUGCAAACUAGUUCUGGAAAUGCCGGGUACCCCAGUAGCUGCUAUGCGCGUGCAGGUAUGUUCAGAUGCACACAAUGUCCUGACUACGACCUAUGCUGUGAGUGUAAGGCCAAUAAUGUUGAAACUUUGAGUCACAGAGUGUCUCACAAGAUGGUAGAAAUUCCUACAUCAGAACAGCGAGCCCCACUAUACACCCCAGCAAACAAUGCGGUGAAUUGCGAGCGUGUUGAUCAACCUGCCAAAUCCUUCUAUAAGCAACCUACCAUCUCCACAUUCGACAGCAAUUCCUGUAACCCAAAGGACCGCUUCAUCAGUGCAAAAAUGAGAUGUUUUCCCGAAUUCGAACAUUUUGGCGGAUAUAGGGACAGUAACUCACUUUUAAAUAACCACCAGAACGAAAGGGAGGUCAGUUGUGAACAAGAUUCCAGUUCCGGAGGAUCAGAUGUUAAGUCCUGCGACACUUCCAAAGUUGAAGAAUGUAAGAAACAACCGGUCGAAGAACCACUUGCAAAAGCCGCCCCCUUGGAUGAAAAAGCCAAUGAGGACUUGCAGCGUUACCGCUACUUGCUAUCUCUUGUUAACAAUGAAUAUGAAAAGCUGGAAAAAUUGGCCAAAGUAUAUCAUGAAAGCACCACCGCAACUGCGGCGGUCAAGAUGGACGAACUCAGCGUAAUUGUGAGUAAGACAGAUUAUCUAUUGUCCCUAAAACUCACCAACGAAGCCGAGCUUACCAUCCCAAGCAAUUUGAGACUCUCUAUGUCUUACAUCACUCAGGAAGCAAAUGAGGUGAAUUGCUCCCUUUACACCGGACCCCACGAGCUAAGACCUGGAGAGAGUAAGAUAUUGAAUUUUAACUGCCGCGGCAGAAUAUCCACUUUUAGCGACAGUGACGUGAUCCAACUCAACCUGUUUGAUAGGUACGACAACCUGCUAUAUAGUAGCGAACCAACAUCUUCUUCACGUAUCUCCUUAAGGUCUCCAAACAGCGUCGCUGAUGAUGAUAGCUCCACUACUGGAGCUACCGGAACCAUCGCCGAGAUCAGCAUCUCCACAAAGCAGUAUGCCAGCAACUCUGUCAGUAAAGAAACCUUGGAUGAGAGUGACAAUUCGUCGCUAAUUACUGCCCAACUACCCAGUAUUGAUGACGAGGAAUAUGAUUUGUUAAGCGAUAGUGAUCUAGAAGAGACGAGGUUGUAA